AUUUUUGUGUUCCAACAAUGAUUUUUUAGUAAAUCAACGUAAUUUCACCGUAAAUUUGUGAUAUUCGGGUCGCGAUUCCGACCCUUCGCUUUCCUGCUCCCCCCUCUCUGCGCCAAUUAAUCGCAAUGAGCUGCAGCGCUUAAAUUCCGUGCGCGAUGACCAGCUACGAGUCGCUGGCCGGAAGUGGUUCCGGCCCUUCCGGGGGUGGUGGCGGCGUCAGCGGGAGCGCCUGCCACUGGCUCAAACACAUGAAGCUGUACCGGGUGGGCAUCAUCAUCGCGGCCUGCCUGCUGCUGGUGCCGUUCGUGUUUUACUAUUUGCUUCUGAAUGAUGAGGGAAACAUUCCGAGCAAUGACAUCCAUCGGUCCCGGUCGCAGCUGGAGACGCUGGAGGAGAUAAGUCCGCUGAAGGCGGCCGAUUUGAAGUUGCGAAUCGACGAAAUGCUCCGGAUCAAGGGGACGGUUUCGUUGGAGUUGCGGGAUUUGGAGGCGCGGAGGCAGAAGUUGCAGUCGGACAUUGGGCUGUACAAUCAGAAGAUUGAUGAACUGAAGCAGGAGCUGGCCCGCCAGCAGACUGAGCUCGAGCGGUUGAAGAUAUCGGUUGAGCAGGCGCAAGUUGCGCAGCGGGAGGCGGUUCUGCGGAACACGCCGGAGUUGGCGCUACCGAAGCCAUUGAUUUCGGCGUCGGUUCCGGGGGCAAACAGGCCGAUGCCGGUGGCGCAGGUUCGGGGCUGUAAGAUGAGCACGUGCUUCGAUCAUUCGCGGUGCAGUUUGACGUCCGGAUUUCCGGUUUAUCUGUACGAUCCGGACGUGAGUUCGGUGGUGAGUGGAGGUUUCGACAUUGACGGGUUCCUGAAGACCACCAUCAAGCAGACGCUCGGGUACAACGCGCACUUGACGAGUGACCCGAAGAAGGCGUGCGUCUUUUUGGUGCUGGUGGGAGAGGCCUUGCCAGAACAGGAAAUGAUGCGGAACAGUCGGUACGGAGCGGCGAACGUAGACGGCGCCAAGCGGUUGACCGUGUCCAGCUUGAACGUAACGAAGCUGAAGCAGUUGCCGUACUGGGGCGGAGAUGGCCGCAACCACGUGUUGUUGAACUUUGCCCGUCGUGAUCUCAGCAUCGGAACGGGGAAUGUGUUCCGGAACGUAGACACGGGGCGUGCCAUGCUGGUGCAAUCGAGCUUCGAAGAGGCGCAGUUUAGAAAAGGGUUCGAUUUGGUUGUGCCGCCGAUUUUGGGUCCUCCCGGAGGUGACGUUUGGCAGGAGUGCAGUCCGAUGUUGCCGGCCAGGCGGAAAUAUCUGCUCAGCUUCCAGGGAGAGAUGAACGUCCAGAACCAGACGAGCGUGGUCCGGGUGGAUGACGAAGCGGAAACGGUGGACGACUUCAUUCUGGAACAUUUGAAGGAAAUGACCUCGGGACGUACGCAGGAUCGUUUUAUGCUUCAGUUUGAGUGCAUUCCGGCGACAGAACAACGCAAUCCGUCGACGGUCCGGGACUGGUCGCUUUGUGGAACGGACAAUUCGAGGAAAUCGGUGCUGAAAGAAGCCACCUUUACGCUUCUUCUGGCUCCGGGUGGCAACAGCGUGAGUUCGACGCUGUUCCAGGCUCGACUGUACGAAGCGUUGCGGGCCGGAGCGAUUCCGGUCAUUUUGGGCGGUGACCAGAUGGAACUGCCGUACGCGGAAACAAUCGAUUGGCGCAGAGUUGCGGUUUCAUUGCCCAAGGCACGCAUCACCGAGUUGCACUUCCUGUUGAGGGCCAUUCCGGACGCGGAUUUGUUGUGCAUGCGGCGCCAAGGACGACUCAUCUGGGAACGAUAUCUGAGCUCGGUUCAAGCCACGGUAGACACGAUUAUCGCUAGCCUCCGAGAUCGGCUUGGCAUCCCGCCAAAACCAAUUCCCCCAGUUGUCGCCCACAGCGUGUUCAACGCUAGCUUUGUCCCGCUCAAAUCCGACCCGGUUCUCGACACGGAACCGGAAGAAUCCCUCGGACCCAUCGAACCACCCUACCCAAGUCCGGCAUUCCGACGGAAUUACACCGCCCAUCUAAUGCAAUCCCGCGAAGCAUGGAACGACUGGGCCGACCCAUUCGCCCUUUACCCCCAACUCCCGUUCGAUCCGGUCCUCCCAUCCGACGCCAAAUUCAUCGGUUCCCACAUGGGCUUCCGCCCGAUCGGAAAAGGAGCCGGCGGAGCCGGUAAAGAGUUCGGCGAAGCCCUCGGCGGAAACUACCCCCGCGAACAGUUCACCAUCGUCAUCCUCACGUACGAGCGCGAACAGGUCCUCAUGGACUCGCUCAGCCGCCUGUACGGCCUCCCCUACCUGCACAAGGUCAUCGUCGUCUGGAACUCCCCGAAACCCCCGCUCGAAGAUCUCCGCUGGCCCGACAUUGGCGUCCCCGUCCACGUGGUCCGCGCGCCCCGCAACUCCCUCAACAACCGCUUUCUCCCCUUUGACGCGAUCGAAACCGAAGCCGUCCUGUCCGUUGACGACGACGCCCACCUGCGCCACGACGAGAUCCUGUUCGGGUUCCGCGUGUGGCGCGAGCAUCGUGACCGCGUCGUCGGCUUCCCCGGCCGGUUCCACGCGUGGGACACAAACACCCUGGACGCGUGGAACUACAACUCCAACUACAGCUGCGAGCUGAGCAUGGUGCUGACCGGGGCCGCCUUCAUCCACAAGUACUACACCUUCCUGUACACGUACGCCCUGCCGCAGGCCAUCCGCGACAAGGUGGACGAGUACAUGAACUGCGAGGACAUUGCGAUGAACUUUCUGGUGUCGCACGUGACGCGCAAACCGCCGGUCAAGGUGACCUCGCGCUGGACGUUCCGCUGUCCCGGCUGUCCGGUGUCGCUCAGCGAGGACGAUACGCACUUUCAGGAGCGGCACAAGUGCAUCAACUUUUUCACGAAGGUAUUUGGCUACACACCCCUCCUAAACACCCAGUACCGAGCCGACUCGAUCCUGUUCAAGACGCGAAUCCCCCACGACAAGCAAAAGUGUUUCAAGUUUAUAUAAAACGGCAGCGGACGACCACACUCAACGGUUGGCAGGCUUGCUGGGCGGAUGGAUGGAUGGCUGAAUGAACGUGGCAGAUAUUCUCUUAAUCAUCACAAGGCGCGGCGCGAAUGAUGGCUAACUUUAGACUAAAUGCACUCAACAAGUUAAAAAGCAAAACUGUUUAACACACACACAACACAAAAGAAAAACCCACUCUAGCGCACUCUGUAGAACGUUAACAACCACUACUGACCGAACUUCACUUGAACCAAAAAUGAUGAUUAGAAUGGCAGUUUUAGCGAUUUAAACAAAUAAUGUAAAGACUUUACUUAUACUCUGUGGUUUAUGUUAGUGGCAGCAACGUAUAUUUUAACAAUAACAUUCGUUCGUGUAAGUUACGUUUAAAUCUGUAUGACAUUGUUAACUUAAGCAGUAUCUAUCAAACAAUAUAUACUUUUUUGUAUACUCUUCCGUGUAAAACUAUGUAACAAGUUUCGUUUACCGUUUAGGUUUAGGUUCUUCGUACGGUGCCACAAUAGGUUUUUAAUGGACGUUUGUUUUGGCGCGCUAAGAGAUUGAGAUUGUAUAGUUAGCAAGCAAAAAAAAAAAAAAGAAAA